AUGGUUCCAGUCGAAGAAACAAACAAACAAAAUUUCGUUAGACCACGUCAAGAUUGUCCUCACUGUAAUGACGCAAAAGAAAAUUGGCUUUGUUUGAAAUGCCAACAAGUAUUUUGUAGUAGUGCUCACAUGAGUGAACAUAAUCAAGAAACAUCUCAUCCAUUAGCCAUCUCUUUUAGUGAUAUGUCUGUGUGGUGUUAUGAAUGUGAUGAUUAUAUAGAUAGCCCAAAUCUCAAACAAAUCAUUACAGCAUGUUAUGUCUCUAAAUUUGGUGAAUUACCACCAAAUUCUAGUGGUAUACAAAUCUUGUCUGAUGAUAGUGGUGCAACCUCUUCAUCCUAA